CUUGCUAUACCUUUGUGCACGAUUAUGUAAUUACGUCCUCACCGGUUUUAGCGGAGCACCUGACAGACGCGCCUUAUGCGGAAGUGCUGCGGGCUCCAUCGAAACUGUCGGAGAAAACAGAAAAAUCCAAAACAGUCAAGUCGAUUGACAUAAAAGGAUAUGAAAGCUCAAAGGCAUAUUUUUUAACUUUCAUCCUGCCUAACCGGCGAAGCAGCAUGACCGAGUUUUAAAACCGAAACUACGUGGAGGUCGGCGAAUGGCCUGAGGGGAAAUUAACACUUUGGAGGGGGAGGAGAUCGUCUUUUGGCAUUCAGCUCAGUCUUCUCUGAAAAUGGCUGAAGGAAAGGUCGCUUCUUCCCUUGAGGACAGAAAAGAAAAUGCAGCUCCAAAGCAUAUUGACCCUUCUAAGUUACAAACGCUGCUUUCCUCACUUAAUAUCGACAUGCAUCAAUAUGCAAAAAGAAUGGAAAAGGACUUUGAAAUGAUCUGUGCACAGUUACCCCAGGGCUGUAACUAUGCAAUGCGGAGUGAAAUCAAGAGGCUGAUGACGUUUGACAAUCUGGAAUCAUAUUCUUCUUACUCCCCUGAGGAGAUGGCUAAAAAUGGCUUCUUUAGUACAGGAAUCAAGUCCAGCAUUCAGUGCUUUUACUGCGGAGUGGUACUUUGCACAAUGAGUAUAGAAAAGGACCCAUAUGUCUCACAUCUGGAAUUCCAGCCAAACUGUGACUUUAUUAGAGGAUUAGAAGUUGGCAAUAUACCAAAAUACGAAAUCAAAUUGCAAAAAAAUAAAAAUAUCGAUUUGAAUAAAGCUAGCCUGUACUGUUUGGAAGAGAGAAGGGUUGAGUCAUAUAAAGACUGGCCAGGUUUUUCUAAAGUUGCUGUGAAUGAAUUGGCACAUGCUGGGUUUUAUUUCACAGGACUGCGUGAUGAAGUUCAGUGUUAUUCCUGUGGUGGGAGUUUAGCACAUUGGGAAGAAGGGGAUGAUCCUUGGAAAGAACAUGCAAAAUGGUUCCCAGAAUGUAAUUAUUUACAAACAAUGAAGUCCACAGAGGAAAUUGAAAAUUUUUCCAGAAAUUAUGAUGGGUUUUAUGGUGUCUCGGAAAAACAUUACUGCUCAGAUAUUUGGACAGAUGUACAACCAAACAUCACAACUGCCAAACCAGGAAACAUUUCAAAAUUUCCUUCAAGCAUCUUCCAAAACGAAGACUGCCGGAAAGAGUCAUUUAAUGUUCUACCAAAUGUUGAAAAGAGUGUUAUCAAAAUGCUUGCUGAAGCAGGGUUUUUCUAUACAGGUCAGGAUGAUACAGUGCAGUGCAUUAAAUGUGGUGUUACAAUCAAUGAAUGGAGGAGCUCUGAUAGUGAGCCGCAGGAAAUUAAUGAUAAGCAUGAACUGGGCUGCCAGUUUUAUGGAACUCCAAAUCCACAACAAGAGAAAAAUAAGGAUUCAGUCAAAGAAGCUCUUUUAAGCAAGACAGAAGAUGAUUUUCAUUUGCAAGAAAACAUGCCUCUGCAAGAAACCAGGCCAGAUGAGUGGCACCAAGAAGCAAAGAGACUGUGCAGUGGGCUGAGGAAUGUGUAUAACGAUUCAACCUUUCGAAAAAUCACCCCAUUCACUGAUUUUGAGCAUGUGUCUCCAGAUUUAAAGCAUGUGUUUGCCUGUCUGCCCCUGAUCUUGAAGGAUGUGAAGAAUCAGCCUGUGCAGAAUGUGUGUCUCCCUGUUCUUCUUAGAAAUCUGAGCUGCAUCACUGUCAUUGAAGGGGAAGCUGGAUGUGGAAAAUCAGCAUUGCUCAGAAAGAUUGCCAUCCUGUGGGCAUCUGGGAAUUGCCCUGUGUUACAGAGAUUCAAGCUGGUAUUUCACCUUUCCCUUAAUUGUCUUCAGAAAGAGCAGAGUUUGUCUGCCAUGAUUGCUGAGCAGCUUGGCACAGUAGGAGUGUGCCUGAGUGAGGAGUUCAUCAAGGAGUCAAUCAGGAAGCUGAAUAACCAGGUCUUAUUUCUUUUGAAUGACUGUAGCACUACAGAUGCAAUUCCACAUUGCAUUGAAGACCUGUUACUACAGAAUCACAUCAAUAAAGUCAGUGUGGUGAUUGGCAUACAAACACACAGAAGUGCUAAAGUGCGGCAUUGUGCCUCUAGUGUCCUUGAAAUCAACACUUUCCCGGUGUUUAGUACCUUAUACAUUUUAAAAAAACUUUUCUCUCACAACAUCAGGCUGGUGGAGGAAUUUACUGUAGAACUGGGCCAUUCCAAGACUUUACAAGAAAUUAUUAAAACACCUCUUUUUGCUCUUAUUAUAUGCUAUCUUUGGAUCAAGCACCCAAUACCUAACUUCCAAAAGAGUGUUGUUUUUAGACUCUAUAUGCACCACAUUUUGCAAAAAUUUUCUUUUUCGUCGGAAAGGUUGAUAGCUCUGCUUUCUUGUGUAGGAGAUCUUGCAAUAGUUGGGCAUUUUAAUCAGCGUUUUGAAUUUAGCAGCAAUGAUCUCAAACAAGCUGGCAUUGAUGAAAAUGAAGUCCUAAAUAUUGGACUGCUGAGCAAGUUUACAGCACAGAUGUUGAGACCUGUGUACAAGUUCUUUCAUAGUCACUUUCAGGAGUUUGUGGCAGGUAGGCGACUUGCUGAGCUACUCCAAUCAAAGUCAACAGAGAGUCAAAACAAAGGCUGGCAUUAUCUGAAGCAAAUUGAUACCUACCUUAAAGUGAUGUGCAAUUACAAGAACUUUUUAGAAUACACAUGCACUUCUUCUCCAGAUGCCGCUACUAAAAUCAUUUCCCACGUGCUCAAUCUUGCAGGCAGAAAAGAAUUUUAUGAUUCCAGUUCUGAGAGCAACAAGAACUUACAGCCAUAUCUAGGUCUAUUCUUUACAGAAGAAAUGUUUAAAAUAUCUGUGCUUAAUAGAAUUGGGGAAGAUUUUCUGGUUGAGAUGCUUCUGAAUCAGGUGGUGAAUAUGACUCGUAUGGGUAACUCCACCACAAACUGUGCUCCUUAUAUUUUGAAGUUCCUUACUGGAAAGAGCCUACAAUUCUCAGCCACAGCAGGCAUUCAACCUUUAGAUUACUUCCUUGAAGAAUACCCAGAAGCAUUGGGAUUGUUUAGUCAUAUGGAAAUAACCAUUCAUGGUAAAAAACAUGUAAAUCUCCCUGAGUUAUACAAGAACUGGAAUUUGGUUACUCCACAGGAGAGACCCAUUGUCGAAGAAGAAUUUUCUUCAGUUUAUCAAGUUAUAAGCAGUGUUACUGAGAAGAUGACAGCUGACAUCAAUAACUUCAAUAGUUUAACUGGAAUGACUCAGAGACUUCUACCCGACUCAAAAAUACGUGUCUUUUUAAAAGCUGCAGAUAAAUAUCAACUCCCCGUCCUGAAGCUCAAUAUACAAAACUGUGGUAAACUCAUAGAAGAAGACUUUUUGAAUCUAAUGGCAGUGAUUGCGGCAUCUCAUCAAGUUGUGCUUUGUAUUCAAAACAGUGAAGGUUUUCUUGAAAGCAUUCAAUUUAUCAUUGAAGUCUACUUCAGACGCUUUCAAAACAUUUGUAUUAUUGACAGUGAUUUAACAAGAAAUGAAGAAGAGCUGGUUAUGUCUAUGUCUUCCCUAGAAUCACUUGAACUGAAGUUCACAAAGGUACCAGAGCUCCUGAUUUCAAAUUUGGACAAAUUAUCAUUUCUUAAAGAGUUGUCUUUGAUUGGGCCAUCAAACUGGCAGAUAUUUAAUAAAGUACCAGAUGAUUUCUGUAAACUUCUUUCCAUGGAAAAACUUGUCAUACAGCAUGUGGACAUGCAGCGGGAUUUCAACAGACUUGUGUCAUUUAUUCAGCAUUUUCAUAAGUUGAAGGUUUUCCAUCUGCAGUGUAAUUUCUGCCCUGGGUUUAUUGACAUUAUUACCUCUCUAACUAUGUGCUGUGACUUGGAGAGUAUUACCUUUGAAGGUUUUUUCUCGAGAGAUGAAGACAUUUCUGCUUUUGCAUCGUCCUUACCAAGCUUUAAAAAACUGAAGGUCCUGGACUUGAGUGCCUAUGGGAUGGGGACAGAUAUCAGCAAGGAAGUAGCUAAACAAUUUGCUUAUGCCCUGGGGUUUCUUGAGUGUUUGGAAGAACUGCUGUUUCCAGCAGGAGCAGGCAUGAAGGAUGCUCUCUCAACUGCAAUUCAACAGUUCCAGAAAUUCCCUCAUCUGAAGAUUCUGUCAAUAGGCAAUUGUAUGGAGGACACAAACCUAUUUGAGCUAGCAACAACUGCAAAAGAAGGUCAUCUUCAAGCCUUGCAGAAACUGGAAUUGCUCGCUAACCAUAACACCACAGACUUGGGCUGGAGGAACUUCUUUCUCACCUUUGAUCGGACACCUCACUUGAAGGAGAUUGCCAUGAGCAGGAUGUACACUCACAACCUGAAACCGAGCGCAUCUACAGUUCGGGCUUUUGUGCAGUGUGCCUCACGGCUUCCCAGUCUCAUUAACAUAGUCAUGAUUGGCUGGCUGCUGGAUACAGAGGAUCUGCAGCUGUUUGAAACCAUGAAGAAAGAGCAUCCCCAGGCCAAAUGCUUACACAUUGACUUAAAGUGGACUGUGCCUUUCUUACCAAUCAUUAAGAAAGAAACCCUUUAUGGAACCUGCAGUAUAGGAAGGCAGAUAGAACUUUGUUUGUCCCUUGAGGAAAAGUUAAUGGCAGAAGCAGAACCUUCACAUGCAAUGGACCCAUUCAAAGUAAAUACAAUUGCUGAGCAAUUGGCACAGAAAUAUGAUCGCAUUAAAAGAAUCGGAUUAUGGUUAAAUCAAGGCUCAUGCUAUGUGCAGGAAGAACAAGAGAAAUUUAAAGAAGCACAGGCCAGAUUACAUCAAGGUUAUAAUCCAAAGAUGAGAAGUGAAAUAAGCAGGCUGAAAUCAUUUGAAAAUUUAAAGUCCUAUUCAUCUUGCUCUCCUUCAGAGAGGGCUAAAGGAGGUUUCUACUGUACAGAAGACGGAUCAUACAUGCAGUGCUUUUGCUGUGGGUUUGUACUUUUAGGAACACCCCAGGAUAAAACCCCAUACAUUUGCCAUCAGGAAUUUCAGCCAAACUGUGACUUUAUUAAAGGCUUAGAGGUGGGCAACAUACCGAAAUAUGAAGUUCGAGUUCAACAAAAUAUAGACAUUGACCUUGACAAAGUACAGGUCUACAGCAUAGAAGAGAAACGAGUCGAGUCCUACAAAGACUGGCCAAAUUAUUCCAAAGCAGACCUCAUCAGACUGGCGCGGGCUGGGUUUUACUUUACAGGAGUUAGGGACACGGUGCAGUGUCAUUGCUGUGGUGGUACACUGUCUCAUUGGGAACAAGAGGAUGAUCCAUGGAAAGAACAUGCAAAAUGGUUUCCAGAAUGUGAGUUUCUACAAUCAAAAAAAUCCUGGGAUGAAAUUGCACAUCUCAUAAAAGAAUAUGAUGGAUUUACUGGUAUAUCGGCAAAGCAAUACUGUCAAGAUGACUGGAUGAGCUCUCCUCAGGACAACAUGCCUAUAACUUCAGUAACUAGACCAGAAAAUGAGUGGCUUCACGAUGCUAAGAGGCUGUGCAGUAGCCUAAGGGAUGUGUACAACACUUCUGCCUUUCGAAACAUGGCCCAAUUCUCUGAUUGUGCAACAGUGUCUAUAGAUCUGAAACACAUUUUUGCCUGGGUGCCCAUGGUCAUGAAAAACAUAAACAAUCAACUCAUGCAGAAAGUCUCUCUUCCCAUUCUACUGAAAAAUCUGAGCUACAUCACAAUGAUUGAAGGGGCAGCUGGAAGUGGAAAAUCAGCAUUGCUCAGAAAAAUUGCCAUCCUGUGGGCAUCUGGGCAUUGCCCUGUAUUACAGAGAUUCAAAUUGGUCUUUUACCUUUCCUUUACUGGCCUUCAGAAGGGCCAAAACCUGUCUGACAUGAUUGCCAAGCAGCUUGGUAUGGCACAAGUGUGUCUGAGUGAAGAGCUCAUCAGAGAAUCAAUCAGGAAGCUGAAUAACCAGGUUUUAUUUCUUUUGGAUGACUGUGGUGUCACAGAUUUAAUACCCCAUUGUAUUGAAGAUCUGAUGUUGCAGAACCACAUCAAUAAGGUUGAUAUGGUGAUUGGUAUUCAAACGCACAGAAGUGCCCGUGUGCGACAGUAUGCUUCAAGAAUCCUUGAAAUGGGUCCAUUCCCAUUUUACAGCACUUUUUAUAUUUUAAGGAAGGUCUUCUCACAUAGCAUUGUGCUGGUUGAGCUAUUCUUCGUAGAGCUUGGCCUAUCACUUUUGCUUCAACAAAUACUGAAAACACCUCGUAUGGCCAUUAUCAUAUGUGACCUGUGGAUCCAGAACCCUAAUCCGCGCAUUGAAACUAGAAAUAUAUUUGAAGCCUAUCUACAUCGCUGUGUACGGAAAUACCCUUAUGAAACAGAAAAGCUAGAAAAGUUAGCCUCUUGUUUGGGAGACCUUGCAUUAGAGGGGGUUUUCAGCAACCGUGCGGACUUUGACAGAGCAGAUCUUGAACAGACUGGUAUCGAUGAGAACAAAGCCCUCUGUACAGGACUGUUGGACAGGUGUACAGCACAAAGGCUGAGACCUGUGUACAAGUUCUUUCAUUUUCACUUUCAGGAGUUUGUGGCAGGUAGGAGACUUGGUGAGCUACUUCAAUCAGAGUCUGUAGAAAGUCAGAACAAAGGUUUACAUUACCUGAAGCAAAUGGACACAUUCCUCAAGGUGAUGUGCAGUUACAAGCUCUUUUUAGAAUAUACAUGCAUGUUUUCUCCUGGCGUUGCAGUUAAAAUAAUUUCUCAUAUACUCAGUCAUGCAGAUAAAAAAGGAUUUUAUGAUUCUAAAAAUGACAGCAGCAAAGUGUCUAAGAAUUACCUAGAUGUAUGCCUUUCCCAAACCCUGCUGACAGGAUUAUUUCCUUCCACUUUUCUAGAGGAUUCAGCCAUUUUCAGCAACCUUUUAAAAUACAUACUGAAUCUUGUAUAUAUCGCUAAAUCUGCUGAUGCUGCUGCUCCUCACAUUUUGAAAGCCCUCACAGGAAAAAGUCUGUGUUAUUUGCAUCACUUCUUUUUAGAUUACCCUGAAGCUUUAUCAGUGCUGAGAGAGUUUAAAGUUAAUAUUAAGGGAGAGAGAAUGAUGAAGACCUUGGAAUAUUCAGGGAUGGAAGAUACCUUUUCAUUCCUUGGCAGACCUGUUGUUAAUGAAGAGCUUUCAGCAGCUUAUGCAUAUACAAAUAGUUACAUACAAGAGAUGAAAUCAAAAGUUGAUAACAUAAACAAGUUUCUGAAUAAGAAAACUGGCCUAUCUGGUCAAAAUCUACACAUUUUCAGUAGAAUGUCAAACAAAUACAAGAUACCGAUGCUCAACCUUGAAGUAGGAAAUACAGAGCAACUGGAAGAAGAUGACCUUAACACUCUGCUGGCAAUAUUUGCUGUUACUGAACAAGUUAAAUUGACCCUGGAGGACAGCAAUGGAUUUCUUGAAAGCAAUCAGUCUGCCAUUAAUAUGUACAGAGGUAUUUUUAGAGAAAUCACUAUUUUCUGUCAUCAUUUGAGAAGAAAAGAGGAAGAGCUUAUUAUAUCUAUGCCAUUCUUGGAAUCCCUACAAUUAACAUUCACUGAAGUGCCAGAACUCUUGAUUUCAAAUUUGGAUAAGCUGACAUCACUUAAACAACUGUCCAUCACUGCAUUAAAUGAGGUGGACAUAGUUGGUAAACUACCUGAUGGUUUCAGCAACUUACUUUUUAUGGAAGACCUAAAAAUGAACAAUGUGAACAUAAGGGAUGAUUGUAUCAGAUACGCUUCCUUCAUUCAGCAUUUUAUAAAGCUGAAGUGUUUUCACCUCAAGUGUAAUUGGUCUGUCAAUUUUUCUCCUAUUGUUGAAUCUCUGGCCUCGUGUGAGGACAUGGAGAGUCUCUGCAUUGAAGACCGUGCUUUUUAUCCAGAUGAUGUUUCUGCCCUUGCGUCUGCUUUGCCAAACUUUAAAAAGUUGAAGUUCUUAGACUUCACAGGCACCCACAUUGAUAAAUCAGUGAAAAAGACAGCAGCGGAAAAAUUAGUUGAAGUUGUGGGGUCCCUGGUUUAUCUGGAAGUGCUGAAGUUUCCUCAAGGUGAUGGCAUGAAAUCGGUAUCCUUAAGUGCCAUUCCACAACUUCAGAAGCUACCAAAUCUGAAAGUUUUAUCCAUGCAGAUCUGUCUAGAUGACAGUAGCAUUUAUGAAUUGGCAAAAAUAGCUAAGGAAGGCCAUCUUCAAGCACUUCAGCAGCUUAACCUAAAUGUUAACCAUGAUAUCACCGACUCUGGAUGGAGAAGCUUCUUCCUGAACCUGGAUAAGGUGCCUCACUUAGCCACUCUACUUGUCAGUAGGAUGUACACCCAUAAUCUGAAACCAAGUGCGUCAACAAUGAUGGCUUUCGUUCAGUGUGCCUCAAGGCUCCCAAGUCUACUUACUGUCAAUAUGUCUGGCUGGUUGUUAGACACAGAAGAUGUACAGUUAUUUGAGACCAUGAAGAAAGAGCACCCUCAGGCAAAAUGUUUAAGUCUUAACUGGAAAUGGCUGGUGCCAGUCUUGCCAAUUAUAAAGGAAGACACCUUUUAGUGAUGAUUGACAGAAGUUCAGAACAAAUUCAAAGCU